AUGAAUCCAGGCGUCCAACACCCAAAAGUACACACUAAUCACUGGAAUGUUGAACAACGGCAUCGUGCCUUACCGCCGCCAUCAUCAGCCCACCUUGCUGCAUUCGAAGAUCACUCGCAGUCGUCCUAUCCUGCCGUCACCGACUCGUAUCCAACUAGCGGCGGCCCUUACGAGGUGUCGCCAACAGCGAAACGGGUAAGGAUAUCAGGCGUCCUAGCAUCUUCGUCGGCUGCAGGCUGGGCCACAGGUCAACAGCAUGGCCAAGCUCAUGAUGCAGCAGAACUAGGGCCAUCUGCUGAAACGGACCCAGGAGUUCCCAAGUCCGGUUACCGUGAGAAGAAGAAUGACGAUAUCACGGUGAAGAAGUCGUCCAACGCAACAUCGCAAAGCGGCGGUGGAGGCGGCGGCACGAACAACAGCAGCAGCAAUGUCAACGCUAAUAACAACAGCAACAAGUCUCGCCGGGUCCGCACUGGGUGUCUAACCUGCCGUGGCCGCCACCUCAAGUGCGAUGAAGCCUUCCCGGAAUGCAACAACUGCCGAAAGAGUUGUCGUAAAUGCAAACGGGGUCUACGCCUGAACUUCAUCGACACCCGAGUCAAAAGUCCACCAUUUGUGCCGCCCACGUUGGAGUGGUCAGUACAAUUUCAAGACGAGUCGCGGCUGAUUGCGUCGGAGUAUCAAGGCGGAUUGGGACGCUAUCCCCGGCUUCUGGAUCAGAACACAGUCGUCGUCGUCACGCCUCCUCCUCCUCAUGAGACAGACCUGAAUGCCGCGCUCCGCGUUGUCGUUCAAACUCACCAGAAACAGGAUGCCGGUGCCGGCAAGACCUACCGCCUGACGACGACGGACACCGACGUCGCUCAUCCUCCUCCUACUCCGGGCCUCGGUGAGCAGCAGCAGGAAGUUGGAAUCGACAAUGACAGUGCUGCUGCUGCUGCUGUCGCUGCUGCUUCUGGAUUGAUAAUAAAACUCCCCCCUGACCAGCAGACUUAUGAUGGAAGUCAGUUAUUCCAGCCUCAAGAUUUGCACUUGCCGAAUGAUAGUGACAAUCCCUUUACGAUGCGCGUCAAGAUCUCACAGCAAUACACAUCAAAGGAUGGAUGGGCAUCGCAAGCCCAUGGGUACAGGAGGAGCGAGGUAUCAAGUACAGUGCCUUCUUUUCCUCAACAUGGCCAUCGCCGUCGGUCAACACAACAGCACACUGUCCCUUUGGCAACCUACGGACUUCAAGCCAGUCAAACACAGCACGCACCCGAAACCAUGGCAAUAAGCUCGACAGCGAGGACUACUGCACUCGAGAAACCGACUGUCGAGCGGGACUACCUUAGCACCGACACCGAAAUCCAUCUCAUGCAGGUGUUCAUCAGCGAAGUUGCUCCCUGGAUGGACAUCCUCAACAAAGACAAGCAAUUUUCCAACAUGAUGCUCGACCUAGCCCUCAAAUCGCCCAUGCUUCUCAAUGCGCUUCUGGCCUGUGGAACCAUGCAUCUCUCUCUGACACAACAACAACAACACUCCUCUCACUCUUCCCAGCCUCCCGGUACCAGCAACAGUAAUGUCACCAACAACAACAAAGAAACACAGUGUGCGUACUACUAUGAUCUCGCAACCAUGGAACUCUGGCGCAACCUCGAAAACACCAGCACCACCCCAUCAUCGGACCGUAAUGCAGCCGAGUGUGCCACCACGGCUACUGUGCUCAAUGCGUACGACAUAAUGAUGAGAAUGAACAGCGGCAGCGGGAACCCGUCCCCGUUAUCGAGAUCUCAGCAGCAGCAGCAGCGGGUAGUGGUAGGAGCAGCAGAUUACCAAUACCACAUCGCCGGCUGCGCCAGGGCGCUGGUAAAAGAAUGCGUCGGGUGGAACGCGAACUCAAACUCCAUGUCCGCGCUGGGAACUGGGACUGGGACUGGUACUGGGACUGGUACUGGUGUGGGGGAAGCUUGUUUCUGGUUUAACGCGUGCAUGGAGGUGCUUGGUUGUUUGCAGCCGGGGCUGGUGGCGAUGAACUGGAACAACAACUCGAUGAACUCGUGGCAACAGACCCCAACCUCACCGAGUCCCACCGUUUCUGUCUCCGUUUGGGAUCCGGAUCAGUGGGGGUUGGAUGUUAAUGUUGAGCGAUGGACUACUGCAACAACUGCAACUGCAACUGCAAAUGCUACCGGAAGUAAUACGACGGUGGGCAUGGGAAUGGGAGUUGGUAACGGUAACGGUAACGGCAACAGCAGCGGAGAACAAGAGCUCUGGGCGCAACGCAUCCUCUACGUCCUCGCCAAAGUCGUCAACUUUUGCUCUGCAACUGCAACCAACAACAGCGUCUCACGCUACCAGGAGACAAUGGUCUCGCCUCACGACGAACAGAUGCGUCUCCAGAGGCGAUUCACAGAGUGGAAGAGCCUUAACGACAUGUGCGACGUGUGGAAAAGUAACUGUCCUCGCUCGAUGCGGCCGUACGGGUAUGCUCACUCGUCGAGCAAUGGGUCGUUAUUUCCUAAUGUUUGGCUCAUCAAACCCCCCGCCCUCAUCGCCCGCCUCUUCUACCACGUAGCCAUGUGCAUCCUCGCCCAAGUCAACCCGGUAACUCCCCGCGACAGCGACGCCAACCGCGAGCUGCAGCAACAUCACGCGCGGCAGGUGUGCGGGAUCGCCGCGCAUAACAAAGAUCGCGCCGUGGCGCCGGUAGUGACACGUUGCGUUGCUACGACGGGCGGUGUGCUUUCCGAUCGAGCUGAGCAAGCGGAAGCGUUGGCGAUUCUGGAUAGGGUCAGCAACGAGACGGGGUGGAGGGUGGGUACGAGUGUGGUGGGUGAUAUGAAGAGGGCUUGGGAAUGGGGAGGAGGUGAGGCUGUUGAGGGGGGUUCGUCAACCGGUGCUGGCAAUGGAAAUAACAAUAAUGUUGGAGGAGGCUUCGCUUCAGCUCUUCUCGGUGGUGGUGGUGGUGACGCCACAACCUCAUCAUCAACAGCAUCAACAGCAUCAUCAACAACCGUCAACAACCAGGAUCUCUUCUUCCAACAAGCAAGCAGCAGCAGCAGCAGCAGCAGCAACAUAACCAGUACCAACAACACAGCAGCAGCAGCAGCAGCAACUUCUUACUCAAACUCGCCUACUAUACCCAGCUUGACGACGACGGCAGCUCCUCCUCCAAGCCGGUUCCAAACGCACCACCACUACCACCACCACCAAAGCCGACCUAGUCCGCCUCCUCCGGGUCCUCCUCCCGCUAUGAGCGUCGGUCCACAGACAUACCAGGGAUGGUAUCAACAGGCGCCACCGCCACCUGUUAACAUGAGCUCUGCCAGAAGAGAAAGUAUGUGUUCGCAGCAGCAGCAGCAGCAGCAGCAAAUGGGUGCCACUGGAGGUGGAGGGACAGGAGGGACAGGAGGGAACUCUUCUUCUUCAUCUUUGGGAUGGGGUUAG